AUGAGUACCUCACCCGACUCAGAUCCGGAUCCCCCCGCCCUGCUGGCCUCGGACGGCACAGCCAAACCGUAUCACUCAAAAAGGCCACACAAAAAGACGCGGUCCGGUUGCAAGACGUGCAAGGCGCGCAAGGUCAAAUGCGAUGAGGGCCGCCCGGCAUGCCGCAACUGCGUCCUGCGCAAGGUCGACUGCCUCUAUCCCGUCACCGCCGCGUCCGCCAAGUCGGCCACCCUCAAGCGCACCAUCACGCCUCGCACACCCACCUCGGAGCCAUCGACGUCCCUAGUGGCCAGUCCCGAGACGAGCCGUCGCCCGUGGGACCCGAGCCCCAUCAUCGAGCCCUUGUACAUACCGCCCGGUCAACAUGACGCCCUCGACAUGAAGCUGCUCUGGUUCUACACCACCAACACCUUCAACUCCUUUCUCACGCCCAGGGACAAGGGCGAGCGCGUCAACGAGAUUCUCCGCGUCAAGAUCCCCUCCUACGCCUUUGAGAAUCGCUUUCUCAUGGACUGCCUGCUCGGCCUGUCUGCCCUCCAGCUGGAGAACCUCAACCAGGAGGUCGACCCGUCGCGCGCCCUCUACUAUCGCUCGUGCGCCUUUGAGGGCUACCGCAAAGCCAUCGAAAAGGCCGACGUCGACACCUUCCCCGCCCUCAUCGCCUGCUCUCUCCUGCUCGUCGCCCUGUCGUCCCAGAUGUUCCGCGAGGUCACGACCAAGCGCCUGCACAUACUCGACUGGAUGGUCGUCUGGCGCGGCAUCGGCCUCAUGAUCCGGCUCGCGAGCCCCCGCAAGCUCUGGGAGGCCGGCCUCGCCGAGCUCUUCUUCCGCCCGCCCAUCGACCUCAACUCGUCGUCGCUGCACAUCCCCAACAACCUGCUCUUCAUGGUCUCCACCAUCCGCGACGACGACCCCGACCACGCCCACGGCCUCAGCUCCAUCCUCAACAUCCGCGCCAUGACCUGGUUCACCUUUGUGCCGCCCGACUUUGUCGAGCUCGCCAAGCUGCGCCGCCCGCGCGCCCUCGUCAUCAUUGCCCACUACGCCAUGUUCGUCAAGGUCGUCGACACCAUCUGGUGGCUGCGCGGCGUCGGCGACACGAGCAUCCGCGACAUCCUCGAGCACCUCGACCGCGACGCCUCGGACCACGCCUGGGACGACCUGCUCGCCACGCCCCGCGCCGCCCUGCGCACCGACCGCCCCGUCGACACGGCCAAGGUCAUCCUCAACGACCCCGUCUGGCUGCCGCCCGCCACCGACGACGCGCUCUGCCCCGAGGAGGCCUCGCGCCUGCCCCUCAUGCUGUCGCUCGUCAGCCAGCGCGGCAAGCUCAUGCGCUACGACAGCGCGUCGGGUCGCCACGUCGAGCUCGACGACGGGCCCGUCCUCGACGUCGCCACCAAUAUCCAGAGCUACAUGUGCGGCAACCAUCUCCGCAAGGCCGACCCGAGCCUGGCGACCCACGAUGGCACCGAGGACUUUGAGGACGGGCCUUUUGCCGUCUUCCGGAGGAUCCCCUUGCGAUGA